GUCCAACUCUACACAAAACGUCUGGCAGCCAUGCACACAUCUGUGCAGCACAAAAUGGCUUCCAUCGACCUGGAGAAAGUCCGCGUGGUUGUUGUCGGGGAUUCGGGCGUCGGCAAAUCGUCCUUGGUUCAUCUAAUUUGCCGGGGUCACCCCAAUCCCAGCCCCGGCUGGACGAUAGGAGCAGCUGUAGAUGUCAAGAUUCACGAAUACAAAGAGGGCACGCCGGCUCAGAAGAGCUACUUUGUGGAGUGCUGGGACAUCAGUGGGUCAGUCAAUCACGCAAACAGCAGACACAUCUUCUACAAUCCCGUCAAUGGGAUAAUCCUAGUCCACGAUCUAACCAACAGAAAAUCCCACACCAACCUCCGGUUAUGGCUAAGCGAGGUGCUAAAUAGGGAAUCAGCUUACGGCUCAACAAAGACCAGAUCAAGUGCAAGCGAGUAUGAUCCAGAACAGUUCGCAGGAACGCGCAUUCCAGUCCUAGUCAUCGGCACAAAGCAUGACCAGCUAGACUCAUCCAGACAGGGCACACUACAGACGUCGGUCAUAGCAGAGGAAUGCGGGGCCGACGAAAUUAACCUGGAUUGUACACAAGCAAGGCAUGUAGCGCCUGGCUCGACGAAUGCCGUCAAACUCAGCAGGUUCUUUGACAAGGUGAUCGAGCGGCGGUUCUUCUCCAGGGAUUCUAGCCAGCAACCCAUCGGUAGUCCUACCGAGAAACGGCGAUCGUUCACCCCGCAGUACAUGAAGAGCCUGCACACAGACUGACGACAAGGUACAGGGCUCUCAAGGUGAGCUGCACUCGCACCGUUGAGGGCGCUCUUGUUUAAAGGGCCAUUCCAUUCACUAUCUCGCCAACGUGAAUCGGGGAACCGGCCGCUACUUGGCUACCAGUGGCUCAUGUUGCCUUGCCCUCUCCAUGGUAACAAUUGAUGUUCGAAGUGGUUCGAUUCCGUGCUUGUCGUUCUUCAGCCACUACCUUGUCUCUGUGCAGAUAAGAGCAGUCUUGCUAAAAAAAUGUGAUUUGGAUGGCCCUUUGAACGGGCCGACCGCACCUGUUACACAAGGAUAAUGAAUUGAAUGAGUGUUGGAUCGUUGACAAUAUUCUGCGAAAGCUGCCAAAGAAACUAAUAUUGUUUAGAGGUACGUCUACGAUAUAAACAACACUGACGAUAUUUGAAGCAACUUCGAUAAAUGUUGCAACAGACGAUUCAUUGUAACACGGUUUACAUUUUUUAAGUUGUUAAUUGUGCGGACAAGCCUCCCUGAAAUUUUUGUGGACCGCAGUGGAACGUACUAUUUGAGACUUGAGAAUUUGUUGUAUUUUGCGUUCCAAACAGCGGAUGCUGCUGAAAGUUGCCUCCGAUUGUGGUAACAAAACGACUCUUAAAAGUUCAGCAAGCCGCUCGAACAACUAUAUCAAAUGCUUUAGUUAACCGUAAAGUUGUCUCAUGGGCACUAAAACACGUCAUGAUGUCACCGCAAACUUGCAGAAAUAAUCAACAAUUAAAUACGCAGCAGCUCCGAAAUCUCAGAUUAGAAACAUGUUGAGCAAUUUACUGGAGAUAAACAACAGAAUGGUUAGAAGGCUUGACAGUUUUUACCCACAGAGGGCGCCAUUUGCAUUAUGUCACCUUAAACCAUGCCAUUCUUCAAUGUCAAGUUGCUUUGGUGGUUAGCAUAGUGAAAUACUGUUAUAAUAGUGGUAAGAGCUUUUUCAUGAAAUCAACAGAGGGCGCUGUUCAAGAUCACCAGUCAGUUUCCAACUGUGGCAAUGCUAUAGGAAAACUGCCGCUAUGGUCACGUAAGAAAUUGUAUACCAACCGUAGGGUUGACUUGUGAAUGCCAAGCCAACAAUGGUCCAGGAACAAAAAUUUGUACUGAACAUUCGUAUCAUUUUGAGAACAGAUCUGAAAAAAAUCUAAGAGUGUUGGGGAACCAUCGCUGAACUCGUCGCUAAGUGUAAUUAAAGCUUAUCUUUUUCAGUUGUGCUAGUGUAAAAUAAUGUUGAAAUUCGAAUGUUAGCAGAGAAUAUAUAUUUUACAUGUAAAAAUAA